ACUCUGAAGAAAGACGACUGGCUCUUCCCGUUGGUGUACUGCGAGUUUUGGAUUGCCGGCGCGUUCUCGCUCAUUCAGCCAUUUUUUCCGCUCCUGGCGACUUCAAAAGGACUGGACGAAUGGGAGACGGGACUUGUCUUCUCAGCGUUCAAACUCUCCAUGUUUGUAGGAUCGCUGCUUGGGAACAAAAUGAUGAAAGCAACUUCGCCACUAACAUGCUACCUGGUAGGGCAAAUUGGAUUCGUGAUUUUCACUGUCACAUUUGGAUGUUUGUUCUGGGCUCCUGCUGGAAAUGUCUUCCUGGGACUCUCGUUUUUACUCGUCGUUCUCGGUGGCUUCUCAAACACUCUCUACCUGGUCGCCAUGUUCGCGCUAUUCACCACUCGGUUUCAAAAAGGCGCAGGUCUGAUCAUGGCACUUUUGGAAAUCCUGUGGGGAACUGGGAACAUGGUGGGUUCUCCAAUCGGAGGGGCCUUGAUUGAUCUCUGGGCUUUUCCUCUUCCGUUCUUUGUAUUGGGCUUCAUCACCAUCGUAUCUUUUCCGAUGACCGUGAAACUCGGAUCAAGUCUCAACAAACUCGGAAGAUCCUCCACGUCCGAAGAUGAUGCGAAACAAUCCGGAGUGAAGUACCGUAACCUGUUUCGUGAUGUGGAAUUUGUCGCCUACCUGGUAGCACCCAUGCUCUGCUGGAUUAUGCUGGGUUUCAACGAACCCACACUGGCGCCAAGCGUUGCGGAGUUUAACAUAAGCAGCACGCAAACAGGUGAACUUUACACAGUGCAAUUUGGGAGCUACACGAUUGGUGGAGCCAUCGCCGGGAUCUUAUGUUUUUUUAAUGGGGAAGCCCUCUACCAAUUUGUGGGAAAUAUUUUUGCUGUGCUUGCCUUUCUCAUGGUAGGGCCGGCUCCAUUUCUCGAGCUGAAACGGGAACUGUGGGUGGUCCACCUGUCUCAAGUUUUCACAGGUCUUGGAAUGUCCGCACUUUUCAUUUGUGGAUACAGUCGUGCUCUGAAACUCGUGGUGCUUAGGGGAUAUCCGUACAACAUUCACUCGAAUGGUUUUGUUUCAAGCUCAGUGUUUACUUUUGCAGUGUUUGGUGCCAUGAUCAUGCCUCCUAUCGCUGGGUACUUGGUCGAUACUUUUGGAUACAGGAUUGCUUCCUUGGCCAUGUUUGGACUCCUGCUUGCCUGGCUACCGGUCACGUUUGUCUUGUGGAUGAAGUCUCUGUGUUUUCCGGACCAACGCCGCCUUCUAAACGAGACCGAAUGA